UGUAAUAGAGUGCUGUGCGUCCCGAGACAUGGACUUCCACGUCCCAUACUUCCAUUGAAUCGAGAAGUUGACGUGAACGAGUGAGAAUCGGAUCGGACCGGUCAUGAAAGUGCGGCUAUUCGAUUGAACGAUUCCGAACGAUUCGCGCGGCGCACGAAGUGAAUCGCGGUCGUGAGUUUCCCGGUGCGACCGCUCGCGAGUCGCGCGAGAGGGCGGCAGUAUCGUUUUAGCCGUCGUUCUGUGCGGUCGCUUUUGCGGCGUAGUCUGUGAUUUUAGUGUAGCUCCGGAUAAUCCAAGUUAAUCUACGAUGGCCGAUCAACUAACAGAAGAACAAAUCGCGGAAUUCAAAGAGGCGUUCUCACUGUUCGACAAAGAUGGCGACGGCACCAUCACCACCAAAGAGCUGGGCACCGUCAUGAGAUCACUAGGCCAGAACCCCACAGAGGCAGAACUACAGGACAUGAUCAAUGAGGUCGAUGCGGACGGCAACGGCACGAUAGACUUCCCCGAAUUCCUAACGAUGAUGGCGCGCAAGAUGAAGGACACGGACAGCGAAGAAGAGAUCCGCGAAGCGUUCCGCGUGUUCGACAAAGACGGCAACGGCUUCAUCUCGGCCGCCGAGCUGCGCCACGUCAUGACGAACCUCGGCGAGAAGCUCACCGACGAGGAGGUGGACGAGAUGAUCCGCGAGGCCGACAUCGACGGCGACGGCCAGGUCAAUUACGAGGAAUUCGUCACCAUGAUGACGUCGAAGUGAGCCGCCGGCUAGUGUGUGUGUAUAAAAGAGAAUUAUAAAUACAUUUUAUUUCAUGACACACAAUAUACCAUCGUAUUGGACCUGCAUUUCUCUAGUGUUUGCGAUAAAUUAAAUAUUGUCAUCGUUUCAGUUAAUCGUACGGCGGCCGGUGCGGUCCCCGGCUGCCAUCUUUAUUUAGACUUAAAGUAUUCCGUUAAUUUUACUAUGUAAGGAAGGAAAUUUCAAGUGUAGCGGUACAAUGGCGAAACGAAUAGGUGUGCGUCGCAGUGACGGUGUGUGUGUGUGAGUGUGUGCGUGUGCGCGCGAGCCUCAGUGUGCGUGCUAGCCUCCGCACUUUCCGAUACAAUUUAAUGUAAAUUUUUUUCAAGUAUGAGAUAUUUAUAAAGUACGUGAUGAUUAAAAAUAAUAAAAAAUCCCAAAAAAAUAUACCGCGGUCCGCGCAUGCGAGUGCGCCGCGAUCGCAUUAAAUGUUUAAAUUUAACUAACUCAGUAAACGAAUAAAUUAGAUUUAUUGGUACUGCAUUGAUUAUAUUAUCUGUAAAUGACUUGAUAAAUAUUAUAUUUCUAUUGUUGGUGAAACUAAUUCUAUCGAAUGGGAAGUAAUCCGCUCUGUUAUUCUCUUGACAUUUGAUUCAUUCUGUUAUUAAAUUUUACAAAAGACAUACUGAAAAUAAAUGUUUCUUCAUUUUUAGGUCAAUAAG